AAAUCAGACCACGAAAAGAUACGAACUACGAAGGAAAGAUGGACUGUGGCUAUGUCAAAUAAUUAGUGUUAUUAUUACAAGAAUUGCUUUAAUUUGUAUUAAGGUUGCUCUAAUAAUUUAUACAAAAUAAUGGACAGUUUAGUAAAUAUUAACUGGAACAAAAUCACGCCAUGUCUCGUUUUAUUAUUAUCAGAUUUAGUGUUAAAGUUUUCAGAAUGCACGUCGACACAAGCUGAAGUAAACAAACAUUUGGAAUUAGGACGAGAUUUUUUAAGUCGUGGUCAGCUUUCUGACGCACUCACACAUUAUCAUGCAGCUGUUGAGGGGGACCCACACAACUACCUCACUUAUUUUAAACGUGGUACUGUCUAUUAUGCGCUUGGAAAAGCGAAGUUUGCAUUACAAGACUUUAGUAAGGUUUUAGAAUUAAAGCCAGACUUCACUCAAGCCAGAGUGCAUCGGGCGCAAGUAUACCUCAAGUUGGCACAGUAUAUGCAAGCCAAAGAAGACUUCCUGCAAGUGACGUACGAGGACCCGUACAACUCGGACGCGGCGGCGCAGUUCCACCGCAUGGACGAGCUGGCGGAGGAGCUGCGGCUGGCGGAGGCGUACUACCGCGGCGGCGACGUGCGCAGCGCCGCCGAGCUGGCCUCGCGCCUGCUGGACGCCUCGCCCUGGGCCGCGCCGCUGCGCCAGCUGCGCGCCGAGUGCUACAUCGCCAUGAACGACCUGUUCUCAGCGGUGUCGGACAUCCGCUCGGUGAACCGGCUGCAGCAGGACUCCACGGCCGGCUACCUGCGCCUCGCCACGCUGCUGUACCAGCUCGGCCACGUCAACGACGCUCUUAAGGAGAUCCGCGAGUGCCUGAAGCUGGACCCGGAGCACAAGGAGUGCUUCCCGCUGUACAAGAAGCUGAAGAAGGUGGACAAGCUGGUGGAGCGCUGCGAGAGCGCCAGCGCGGCCGGCGAGCACGCGGCCUGCGCGCGCGCCGCGCGCCUGCUGCUGCAGGCCGAGCCGGAGGUCACCCUGGUCGCGCUCGAGGCGCGCCGCUGGCUCUGCGUCUGCGAGCACAAGAACGAGCAGCACACGGAGGCGCUGGCGCAGUGCCGCGCGGCGCUGGCGCUGCAGCGCGACGCGCGCCUGCUGUGCGACACGGCCGACGUGCUGCUCGCGCUCGAAAUGUUCGACGACGCCGCGCGCACGUUCCGCGAGGCGCUGGAGCUGGAGGAGGGGCUGCAGCGCGCCAAGGACGGGCUCGCCCGGGCGCAGCGCCUGCAGAAGCUCGCCGAGCAGCGGGACUACUACAAGAUACUCGGCGUCAAGCGGUCGGCGAGCAAGCAGGAGAUCACGAAGGCGUACCGCAAGGCGGCGCAGAAGUGGCACCCGGACAACUUCCAGGGAGACGAGAAGAAGAUCGCCGAGAAGAAGUUCAUCGACAUCGCCGCCGCCAAGGAGGUGCUGACGGACCCCGAGAAACGCGCGCAGUUCGACUCGGGCGUGGACCCGCUGGACCCCGAGGGCGGGCGCCAGCCCUUCCAGGGGAACCCCUUCCACCACUUCCAGCACGGCUCGCCCUUCCAGUUCAAGUUCCACUUCAACUGAGCCGCUCCCGGCCCACGCGCCCACGCGCCCACGCGCCCACUCUUAUACCAACAGCUUUUAAGUCGAUGCCAUCCUCAUGUUAACUUCCAACGACAUUUUUUUACGUGGACCACAAAUGAAAUAAAAAUCGCAAUCAUUGCAUCAGUAUGGAAGGGAGCCGAUGAAAACUUAAAUAUGCAAUGCAACAAAAUACAAUAGUCUAAAGUAAUAAAGUAAUAGUCAUAAUUAUACAAAACUUCGGAGAUGUUGUAUGUCCGUUACACAAUGCAAUGCUUUAAGCUCAUGCCGUUGUAAUAAAUAUAAUAGUCAUAAUCACUAAAGCUAAAAAGCAGAAAAUAUAAGUUUUUUUUUU